GAUAUCUCUAUGUUUGCAUAGCUCAUACGCCACCUACUGCAAAACCGAGCUGACAGCUCAUGCAAUGCUGGCAGCGUUUCUAUUCUAUCAUCGUGGCAGAGCUGGAUACGGCUCUUUUUUAUUCUUCUUUGAAACCAAACAAGAAGAAGGCCAGAUAGCCAUCGUAAGACGCUGAGGCUCAGAAUGGAACGCAGAACAAACAGAAGGGAAAAGGACGGCGACGACAAAUGCCACAAUUCAGAAGACGGAGAUCAAAGCACAAACUGCAAAUCGGCUCUCGUCACCCUCAACGUCGGUGGAUAUCUGUACAUCACACAAAACCAGACGUUAUCCAAGUAUCCAGACUCUUACCUGGAAGGUGUUGUGAACAGGAAAAUCUUUUGUCCCAUUGAUGCAGAUGGACAUUACUUUAUUGACAGAGAUGGUCUAUUGUUUAGGCACGUUCUAAACUUUCUACGCAAUGGAGAACUCUUGCUGCCCGAAGGCUUCCAAGAAAACAACCUUUUGGCACAAGAAGCGGAUUUUUUCAGGCUCAAGGCACUGAGUGAGGCUGUCAAAGCAAGAUGGGAGAAGGAGCAACAAGCUGCCCGCGAGACCACUUUUCUGGAAAUAACAGAUAAUCACGACCGGUCUCAGGGUCUUCGGAUUUUCUGCAAUGCCUCCGACUUCAUAGCCAGAAUAAAAGCUCGUAUUGUGCUGGUUUCUAAAAGCAGACUGGAUGGGUUUCCCGAGGAAUUCUGUAUCUCUUCAACUGUUAUCCAAUUUAAAUAUUUCAUCAAAUCGGAGAACGGGACGCGGCUAGUACUGAAGGAGGACAACACCUUUGUAUGCACCCUGGAGACUCUUAAAUUUGAAGCCAUUAUGAUGGCACUAAAGUGUGGCUUUAGACUGCUGACAAGCCUGGAUUGUUCAAAAGGGUCAAUCGUUCAGAGCGAUGCACUUCAUUUUAUCAAGUAAUUACCUCUAGCGCUAUACAAAGGACUACAGUAUGCAUCCGAGCCUCAUUAGUCUGCAGCAGCCUGGCAUCACAAAAGGUAUCCAAGUAGUAGACAAGCAAACAGGUCAGCUGCAAACGAGCAGAGCCCACGGUACGUACAUUUUGCCUGAAACGAUGUUUAGAAUCUGACUCAUACUGCACGUAAAUCACCCUUCUCUAGGAGGCAAGACGUUGAUUAGGGAAACACGACUACUGUAAAUAAAUGGUUUUACGCUGCUAAUAUAUUUAAUCCUUUGUCGCUCGCCUCUACAAUCGCAGUGAAACGCUUUGUGCUCUUGAAGAAAUACCUGAACACAGUUAUUAUUCUGGUAAACAGUUCUGAGCACCUCCCAAUUAAUACCCAAGCUUUCAACAUGUCCUUUCGAAAGCACAACGGCUAUGCUUCAGUACAACAACAAACCAUAUCAUGGAAACGGCGUCUUUCCUUCCAGCCUGCAAUUUGCAACACAACUGUGCAGACUACUGGUUCAGAAAUAAAUGCUUUUCAUAGAAAACCUUAACCAGUGCAUGCUUUUCAUUGCAGGCACCUCGCCAUGUUCCCCGCAUAACUCAACGCUGUACAAGUGUGGAUGAUCUAGAAAAGUUGAUUCAAUUAGAAACCGGUUUUCCUCCAGUGGAUACAUUUCUAGGGUCGCAGAACUGCUUUUCUCUGUGUUUACGUGUAAAGAGUGCAAGGUCACUUAAGGUAAAGGGAAAAA